AUACUGACUGCUGGGACUUCCCAGAGGGUGGAGGUGGGAGGGGAGGGAGGCAGGAGGCUGUUUUCCAUACAUCCGUUGAACGGAAGCUCAUACUUUUUUUUGGGGGGGGGGGGGGGAAGGUUCUCCAAAUACCCGUCUCCCUCACCAGCGUGAAACGGGGGACGAGAGGCUGUAGGGCCCUUGGUGGGUUGUUGUUUUUGGUUUUUUUUUGUUUUGGUUUUCCUUCUCUCCUCCCAACCGAAAAGGGACAAACGGAGCAAGAAGAGACUAAAAUUACCACUUGGGCCUGAAAGCGGAGACAGUGAGGGCCAGGUGCUGGUGCGUUGUGUGUACUUUGUGAGCGCGCGAGUGCGCGCUUAUCCCUGAAAAAAAAAAAAAAAAAGCGGGAGGAGGGGAUGAGGAGGUAUUUUCACCGCCCCUCUUUCCUUUGGGCACCUUCUUCCCUUUCUUGGCCGAAGCGCUAGUGGCCGGUCUCUAUCCUUCCUCCCUUUCCCCACGUUUGCUUUUCAUCCUCGCUCUCCCCCCACCUCCCGGGUGCCUGGCAGCUCCGUUAACGGGGUCUCUGCUGUGGAAGAUGGCGACACCAGGGAUGAGCUGGCAGCAGCACUACUACAGCGGCAGUUCUUCGACCGGCACUGGGAAAUUCAACACCAGCUCUUCUUCCUCGGUGAUGUCCUCCCAUUUCGGCAUGGAAUACAACCAGGAUCUCCAUCUCAAAAUGAGCAAGAAAAUAGCUCAGCUAACCAAGGUAAUAUAUGCUUUGAACACAAAAAAUGAUGAACAUGAAGCUGCUAUGCAGGCUCUCAAGGAUGCCCAUGAAGAAGAAAUUCAACAGAUUCUUGCAGAAACCAGAGAAAAGAUUUUGCAAUAUAAGAGUAAAGUUUCUGAAGAAAUGGAUCUAAAAAGAAAAAUCCAGGUUUUAGAAGAGUCUUUAGAAGAUCACAAAAAGAUGAAGCAUCAAGCUUUAACUGAAUUUGAGGCUUAUAAGGACAGAGUUGAGGAUAUGCAACUCUGUGCAGAAGCUCAGCAUGUCCAACGUGUUGUAACUAUGUCACGUGAAGUAGAAGAAAUUAGAAAGAAAUUUGAGGAAAGAUUACGAAGUUUUAUACAACUGCAGUUACAGUUUGAGAAGGAUAAACGUUCAGCUCUCGAAGAGCUGAAAGCUGCACAUAGACUUGAGAUCCAAGACCUUAUGAAGACACAUCAAAAUCAAAAUGUUACUUUAAGCAAAGGUCAGGAAAAAUUGGAAGAAUUGCACAGGCAGGAUGUGGAACAGUUUAAUGUUAAAAUAGAAGAGCUAAGAAUAGAAAGAAAAAAGCUUAUUGAGGACUAUGAAGGUAAACUCAGCAAAGCUCAAUCUUUCUAUGAACAUGAACUUGAUACUAUGAAAAGAUCACAAUUGUUUACAGCUGAAAACCUGAAAUCUUGCAAAGAAAAGGAAGUAGAGCUAAGAAAGGAAUUUCAGAGUCAGGAAUCAGUUAUACGAAAAAAUCUGGGGAAGCUUAAAACUGAGUUGCAAAUGGCUCAGGAUGAAGCAGGGGCUCUUCGAGAAAAAUGCCAGAAGCUUCAAGUGGCUCUAAGUACCUCAGAAAACAGUGCACAGGCUCUUCAAAAACAACUAGAUGACGUCAAAGAGGAGGAAAUGUCAUUGUUAAGCAAACACAAAGAGGUUGAAAUUGAGUUAGCAGCUACAAGAGAGCGCUUACAACAGCAAGCCACAGAUCUAGUGCUAAAAGCUAGUCAUGUUGGAAUGCUUCAAGCUACCCAAAUGACCCAGGAAGUUACAAUAUCUGAUUUGGAAUCUGAAAAAUCUAGAUUAAAGGAGAAAUUGUCUCAGUUGGAAGAGGAAAGAAAUGUGUUACACAGUAAAACACAAAGUCUGGAUGAAAGACAAAGGCAGCAACUUCUUACACUGGAGAAGAGAGUAAAUGAAGCAAGGGAAACACAACAAGAAUAUUAUGAAAAGGAGUUAAUGAAAUUGCAAGUCAAACUAGAAGGAGAGACUGUGCAGAUAAAAGAAGCUCAUUCCAAGGUUUUGGAGGAGUUGGCAUGGAAACAUAAUACAGCUCUUGAAGCAGCACAUAACAAUGCUAACAAGGAAAAAAAGAAACUGCAAAUGGAGUUGGAGCAGCAAUUUGAGAAAGAGAAACAACGUUUUGAAGAUGAGAAGAAUCUGCUUCGACAGCAGUUGGAAAGCCUAAGGGAAGAACUGACAACCAAAUUGACUUCCUCCAAUCAGGAGGUGGAGCAUCUACAGGAUGUCUUAAAAAGAAGUGAGCAGGGCCUUAGUACUGCAGAAGGGCACAUUUCUAGCCUCCAGGAAACCCAAGAAAUAUUACAAAAAGAAUUAGAACUAACCCAGGCAAAACUGAGAGAAACCGCUGACUCCUUAUAUAAUGUAGAGGGGGAGUUAAAUCAGGAGAGACAGCACCAUGAAGCAAUGAUUAUAACCAUGAGGGAAGAGGAAAAAUUAAAACUCGAUAGAAUGGCUCGUGACCUGGAAAUAAAAUGGACAGAAAAUCUCCGGCAAGAAUGUACAAAACUUAGAGAGGAAUUGAGACUUCAGCAUGAAGAAGAUAAAAAGUCAGCAAUGACACAACUCUUGCAACUAAAGGAGAGAGAGAAAAAUGCCGCCAGAGAGAGCUGGCAGAAAAAAGUUGAAGAUCUUUUGGAUCAGAUCACUCUGCUAAAGCAAAACCUAGAAAUGCAGCUUUCACAAUCUCAGAACACAAUGCAACAAUUGCACGCACAGUUUAGUCAAGAGCGGCAGAGACUGACCCAAGAAAUUGAAGAACUGGAGGAAGAGCAUCAGCAGAGACAUAAGUCUAUGAAAGAAGCACAUAUUCUUGCCUUUCAGAGCAUGGAAGAAACAAAAGAACAAGAGCAAAAGGAACUUGAGGAACACUUGCAACAGAAAUAUUUAGAAGAACUUCAGGCACUGAAAGAUGCACAUAGACAAGCUAUGGAUGUUUUCAAAAUAGAAAUGGAACAGGAAGUGCAGACUCUUCGCUUUGAAUUGGAAGACGAAGGGAAAGCAAUGCUUGGUACUGUACUGUACUUUCAUGUCACAAUUGAGAAAGAAUGUAUGUGCCGAAUAUCAGAUGUACAGGAUGAACUGAGGCAUCGAGACCAUCAUAUAUCAGAAUUGGAUAAGGAAAUACUUACUUUACAUGAAAACAUAAGUGCAUUAACUAAGGAAUUGGAGUUCAAAGGGAAGGAAAUUUUACGAAUACGUAGCGAAUCUAAUCAGCAAAUUAGGCUACAUGAACAAGAUUUAAGCAAGAAACAUGAGAAAGAGUUGGAUGUCAUGACAGCUGACAACAUCAGAGAGAAACAAAGUAUGCUGGCAGAUUUUAAUAAGACCCAAGAGCUGCUCAAGGAAAUUAAUUCAGCUUUGCAAGUUUCGACUGAACAUCAGACUAAAUAUGCUUGUUUAGAAGAAAUGGAAGAUAAAUAUCAAAACAGGGAACCAAGGCCAGAAGACCUGCAGCUUAUUGCAGAGCUGAAAGACCUGAUUGCUGAGAGGGAUCAGCUGAUAAAGAAGUUGAUUGAUGACAAAAAAUUCUAUCAACUGGAACUAGUCAAUAGGGAGACUAACUUCAACAAAGUGUUUAAUGCAAGUCCUAAUGUUGGUGUUAUUAAUCCUCUAGUAAAGCAAAAGAAGAAGAAUGAUAGAUCAGCAAACAGGUUUGUGAGUGUCCCCAAUCUAAGUGCUUUGGAAUCUAGUGGAGUGGGCAAUGGACAUGCUAACCGCCUGGACCCUAUUCCUAAUUCAUCCAUCCACGAUAUUGAGUUCAACAGCAGCAGACCACUUCCACAACCAAUACCACCCAAAGAGCCCAAGAUGGUUUUGAGCCCUCCUCAGACUGAAGCUUCCCCAAUGGCUUCACCAGAUCCUCAACGUCAGGAAUGGUUUGCUCGUUACUUCACAUUCUGAAAGAUUAUUUUGAAUGGCACAGCAUGGUGUGGACUGUACUGUUCAUAAUAGCAUGACCUUAAAAUAAAUCCUUAUGUGAAACAAGCUUUCUUGUAAUAUGUCAAACACUGUGAAUGAGAACGUAUUUGUCUCUCUGAUUUGAAAAUGCACUCUAUUUUAUGUGAUACUUGUUGGAAUCACUUAACAGUUAUAUAAAUGUGCUUAAUGACACUUAUUUUUAUUUAAAAUUGAAAACUAUUUAAACUUUGUAAUUAUUGCAUAAUAAAAUUUCAUAGAAGAAAUGCAAUCUUUCCUCCACUUUUCCUAUAAAUAUGUAUAUUCUUUAUUUUCAGGGAAGGUUUUCACAUCCCAUUUCUCUCUCAAAUGCAAUUAAUUGCAUGGUUAUUAUAUAUUAAAAUAAAUUGUUAAUUUAAAAAUCAGACAAUGGCAAAAUAUGUUUAAAUCCAUAUAUUUUUUAAUUAACUUAGAGAACUAACUUUAAAAAUUGUGGUUUAUUCUAAAAGUGAGGAAGACUGCUAAAUUAUAAUAAUAUAUAAAGCUAGGUGUUGAUAAGAUUAUAGUAAGAAAAAUUACGGAUAUUUUAAUGUUGAAAUUCAUCACCUUUUGUCAUAAAUAUUUUAUAAAUACAUGCAGAAGCAAUGCUGUUUAGACAUUUAGCAUUUGGGGUUACUACAUUAGGUAAUGCUGUUAUUAAUAAAGUGAAAUUUAUGGAAAGCUGCAUUUUGAGGAAAUUAUCCUUUGGGAAAAACUCAGGCAUUAAUGAAAAAAUAGUGCUAAACAAAAUAAUUAUGCAUAAUAAAGCAUGCAAAUCUUUCAUCAGAGUUCCAGAAUAAAUAUUAACAUUUUUCUCUUCCAUUUCAAAAUUAAGCCAUGACCAUGUAACCUUUUUCACCUGGAGAAUGAGCCUGAUUUUCCACUCUAUUACACCUGUCUUAUAAUUGUGCAGGUUUUCUGAGAGAAAAGAUGUAAUAUACUGGCAAAUCUGGUUUUUAUAUAUUUUGUUGAUACUGUUGCUGUUAUUUCCAAGAUUACCACAAUAAAACUAACACUGGUAAUCUCAGGGAGAAACUUUUCUUUGUUUUAUGAAUGUACUUUUAAGAUCUGAUCUUUGUAUGCAUAAAGGGGGAGUAGGAAAAUUGCAUGGUUAUUUUAAAAACAGUUUUUAUUCUUAGAUACAAAAAUAUAGCUCUCCAUUAUUUCUGCUAAAGCCUGACUGCGUCUUCCCAUUAUGCAACAGCAUAAUCAACCAAUGGUACCACCAAUAAUAUAGUGAAUUUUAUAUGUAGCAUAUGUACAAAAAAUUUCUAUGUUUUCAUAUAAAAUGUCCUAAUCAGACUUUUCAAAUUGUAUCUCCUGUAAACUCAUAUUGAAUGCUUCACUGGAAGCAAUGUUCUAAUGCUUUCCUGCUAAUCUAAAGCAGCAUUUGACAGAUAUUCUAUGGUCUGUGUAAAGAUAUAUACAGCCUUUACAUUAGAAGAAAGCCAUAUUAAGUUAAAGUUGGAUUUCUUGGCUGUUACCUAUAAUAAAAUAUACUGGAUAAUUUUGCAAUGAUGAUCCAAAA